UUGAAAAUCAAGCAGCUCAGUUGAUCUGAACGCCCAGUACCUGCCUUUCCAACGAAGAAAACUUCAAUCUACAUUCCUUUCACUUUCUUACCUUCUUAAUUGUCCGUCACUUUGCCCUCCCACCCAUACAACCAAUUCACGAGAUGAAGCUCUCCGCAUUUGCCAUCGCCUGUAUCCUGGGCUACACCUCCGCCCUGCCCGUCUUCGGCGAGCAGGCUCCUACACAGACUGGUGUUCAGCCCACCGGUACUGCGGCCUUCCAGAACCCCCCGCCGUCUGGCUCUGCCGGACCUGCUCCCUCCGGUGGCCCUGAUGGCUUCGGUCAACAUGGUGGACACGGUGAUUCUGGCAAUGCUCCCGCUGGCGGUAAGGCAUUCCCCUCUGUGACCAUCUCCGGUGCUGCUCCUUCCGGUGGCCCUGAGGACCACCAGAAGCGUCAGAUCGAGAUCCCGGCUUCCUUCACUGAGGGUGGCGCUGCUCCCACCGCUGCUCCUUCCGGUGGCUUCGGCGGUGCUUCUCCUUCCGGCUCGUUUGGAGGCACUGUUCCCUCCGGGUUCCCCAACGGCCCCUCUCCCUCUGGCGGCUUUGGUGGUCAGGGUGGCGCUUCUCCCUCUGGCUUCCCUGGUGGUGCUUCUCCCUCUGGCUUCCCUGGUGGUGCUUCUCCCUCUGGCUUCCCUGGUGGUGCUUCGCCCUCCGGUUUCCCCGAGGGUGCUUCUCCUUCCGGCUCCCCUCAGCAGGGUGACGGCCACCACGGCGGCCACAGCGGCCACAGCAGCCACGAGCAAGGCCAGUCCUCGGAUAACACUUCCUCUGAAUCAGAGCAGAAGAUCCAGCGCCGCCAGUUCGAGCAGAACCAGGGUUCCUCCUCCAAGGGAUCCUCCCACGAGGGCGGACAGGGCGGACAGGGCCACGAGGUUGGCUCUUCCAACUCUAGCAGCAGCUCUUCCGAGGGCCCCUCUCCCUCCGGCACUGUUGGUGGCUCUUUCCCCUCUGGUUCCUUCGGUGGCCAGGGCGCUUCUCCCUCUGGCUUUGCCAGCGGUGGCUCUUCUGGCUUCGGAGCCCAGGGUGCUUCUCCGUCUGGUUUCCCCGGUGGCGCUUCUCCUUCCGGCUCCGUUGGUGGCCAAGGCCCCUCUCCCUCCGGUUCUUUCAGUGGUCAGGGCCCGUCGCCUUCUGGCUCUUUCGGUGGUGCCGGCGCUGAGCCCUCGGGCGCUCCGUCUGGUGCUGCCCCCACCGGUGCUUCCGGCUCUUUCUAAGCUUGUGCUGCUAGGAGAUGUUUCUCGGGCUGCAUACAUUCCUUCGACUGUUGAUGUUUAGGCUGUGACACGUCUCUACAAACGCCGUUCUUCGAUUAAUCGACAAGACUUGUGGAGGAAGCGUGCAGUUGAGCACAGACCGUGGGCCGGUCUGCGCAUGCGAUUUGGGAUCAGGGAACCGUCUCGAUGGAGGAUUAUGUACAGUACAACAACUACGCAGCUUGAAUCAGACGAUUCUGCCAGUUGAGGGGUUUAUACCUUAUGCAUUUAUACUGUAGCUUGUCUUUAUUCUCAUGUUGUGUAUAUCCCGCGUCCAAAAUAAACAUUGGAAAACAUGAG